GAAAAGAAAAGAGAAGACCCAGAGAAGAGAGGAGAUACAACACAUAUAAGUCUUUCUCUCUGGUCUUCUCCAAUAACUAUUUGUUCCAAGUGUUGUGUGGUGCCAGAGUGUCCCAUCAGCAAGAGGACCUCCACAUUCAGUGCUACAAGGAAGUCCACAAAGCGUUUCAGAAGAGGCAAGGCACAGCUGCUUCACUCAGAUUCUUCAUUCCAAGUGGUGUGUGUUGCUGGAGUGUGUUGUCAGUGAGGUAAUCUCAACAUUUAGUGUCACAAUACAAAACUGCCUUCAUAACGUGUGAAGCUGUGCACUCUGGUGAUGGAAGAAUGAAGGAGGGAGAAGUGAAGAUGUAAUGAUUCAAUGCCCUCCUUCAUCAGUUAGGGAUAGUGAGCAAGUUCAAGGAAACUGUGAUAAUUCAGUGCUCUUCUCCAAGACUGAAUGAACGAAAAGAAAGCUGUCUGGAUUGAGAAACAAAUAUUAUCAGUUCGUGAAUGAAAAGUGUAAAGUGAUUGAAUAAGAAAGUGAUUUGUUUAGAUUUCUGAGUUUAAGAAAUUGAACAAGAAAACAGAAGAUUUGUUGCAGAAUACAUGAAAUCCUGCAAGAAACUUUGUAUUUAAGUAAAGAAAAAAACUGAGUCGCCAGAUAAAAGAGAAAGGACUGGAAAGGCUAUAUUUGGAAAUAAAACUUUGACCUUGACCCAUAAACCUAGUGUAUGUGAUUCCAACAAAGAACAUCCUGUUCCAUACUCACCAUUCUGGCCACUCCCUUUGCACUCUGCUGGCCUCAUUGCCUUUAAUCAUCCUGUGGCUUAACACAACUAGCCGUCACUUCUGUCCCAACUUGAAAUUCCAUCCUUCACCACCACAGCCACUGCUUGCUUCAUCUUCCAGUGCACACACACACACACACACACACACACACACACACACACACACACACACACACACACACACACACACACACACACACACACACACACACACACACACACACACACACCACCACAAACUUUACACUUAAUAUAACCACACCACACCACACCACACUACACCUAAUCUAACCAAACCAAACUAAACUAAACCAAACCAAACCCAAACCAAACCAAUCCAAACCACACCAAAAUAAACCUAACCACACCAAACUAAACCUAACCAAACAAACACCAUGGCCUCCUUCUCCACUGCUUCCACCUCUAAUCUCACCACUGACCUUGACAAUGAGCUCGAUCCACUGUUCCGCUCGUUGCCAUUCCUCUCGGCCGGCACACAGACCAUUGGCUAUCGCGUCCGCCUACGCAUGCGUCAUAUUUUGAGGGACGUGGCUGAGCUGGCGUACGAGAGGCCUCAGUUCUUCGCCGACGUUCCCCCACCCCCUCUGCUGGUUGGUGCCAAAGAUGGCCCUCCUCCCAUGCCCCCAAUGCCCCCUGGGCCUCCCCCAUGCACCACCAUGGCCAAUCCUGCACCCACCACGAGCCAAGGACCUCCUAACAUGGGCGGGAUGAUGGCUCCUCCUCCACCCCCAGGACCGGCAGGGCCUCCUGGACCCCCUCCACCACCCCCAGGAGGCCCAGUCAUGCCGGCAGACUAUCCCAGUGGAGGGAUGAUGGGGCCAGGACCGAUGGGCAUGGCUCCAGGGAUGGGUCCCGGCCUUGCCCCAGCAAUGAUGGGGCCAAUGCAGCUGGCAGUGAACCCGGCCACCAAUGACGCUCCACUGGAGUUCAACACUAACAAGAACAAGCCCCCCAUGCCAGUGUCUUCUAAUAAUGGAGACAUGGUGGAGUCCAGCGUGCCGGAGACCAUCCUGGUGGAGGAGAGGAGAGAUAGGGACCGGGACAGGGACCGAGACAGGGAUCGGGACCAUGGGAGGGAGCGAGACAGGGACAGAGAGAGAUCCCGAGGCAGAGACCGGGAUCGAGACAGAGAUCGAGAGAGGGACAGAGACAGGGAUUCAGACAGAGACAGGGACCGAGACAGGGACCGGCCAGACCGAGACCGUGACCGUGACCGCCGCCGUGACCGCCCCAGGAAGGACAGCAGUGGCGGCGGCAGCAGUGGACGGACCAGUGAGGACAGUCUGCCUGCAGGGAAUGGCAACACAGCAGUGCAGCCUCUGGAGGCCACCAGCCAGGCCGGGUCUGGUUUUGGACCAAUGGGUCCUGGCCCAGGCCCUUGGGGGCCUAUGUGGGGUCCAGCUGGAGGACCAAUGGGACCCUUAGGACCUAUGGGACCAAUGGGGGGACCAAUGGGACCCAUGGGAGGACCUAUGGGCCCUAUGGGACCCAUGGGACCAAUGGGGCCUAUGGGUCCCCCUACUGAGGGACCACCAAUGAGUGGGGACUUCCGCAUCACCUGGGGCAUGUUUGGGUGGAUGAUGUCUCCUGAGGGCCUGACGGUGCCCAUGAAGAACCCCCUACAUUGCAAGACCUGUGUGCUGGUGCCUCCCAACCGCCUGGCCCCACCCCCCACCACCCGGGAGCGACCCCUUGGCUGCCGCACCAUAUUUGUGGGGGGACUGCCAGAGAAUGUGACUGAGGAGAUCGUGCGGGACGUGUUUGAGCGGUGCGGGGAGAUCACCACCAUCAGACUCAGCAAGAAAAACUUCUGCCACAUACGCUACGAGCUGGAGGAGUUUGUCGACAAUGCAAUCUUCUUGUCCGGUUACCGCAUGAGGAUCAACAACAGCACAGAGGCAGCUAACACAGGAAGACUCCAUGUAGAUUACGCCCAGGCCCGGGAUGACCAAUAUGAGUGGGAGUGCAGACAAAGACAGCUACAGAGAGAGCAGCGGCACCGUGAGCGCAUUGAGGCGGAGCGGCUGCGGCCCCCCUCCCCCCCGCCGGUGGUGCACUACUCUGAGCACGAGGCGACCCUCAUAGCAGACCAGCUCAAAGCCGACGACAGCUUCUCCAAGGCUGCCCAGAUCCUCAUCACCUGGCUGGAGCGCGGGGACUGCAGCAAACGCAACGCCGGCACCUUCUACAGCAUGAUCCAGUCCACCAACUCCCACGUGCGGCGCCUCAUGACAGAGAAGGGCCAAUAUGAGGAGGAGCUGGCCAAGUUUCGGGAACAGACGCGUGCCAGGAUGCAGGGGGUCGUAAUGCAGUUCGGUCAGAUCGAGAGAGUCUUCGUCGCAGCAGGUCACCAGAAGGUCUGGGACCACUUCACCAAGGCACAGAGGCGCAACAUUGAGAUGUGGAAGAAGCAGGCGGAGGAGAUCAAGGAAAUUCAGCUGGAUGAGUCAGACAAGGAGGAUGCUGAGGAGAUGGAUGUGUCUGAUGAGGAGGACAUGGUACAGCCACCCAGGAAGAAGAUGAGGCAGAAUGAAUACCUCAAGGAGGAGAAUGACAGCCUACGGUGCCAGAUGGAGGCCUACAAGAACGAGGUAGACCUGAUCAAGGCAGACCUCAAGUCGGAGGUGAGCAUUCGGGACGACCAGAUUGAGGCCUUUAAGAAGACACUCCAGGGCAUGCAGCAGACACUAUCGGACAAUGCCGUGCGGAAACGACAAGACGAUGCGAAGAUGGCAGAGCUGCAAGCCAAACUGAAGAAGCUGAGGGAGCAGAUUGGAGGAGGAACUGAGGGAGGAGAAGAAGAAGGCAAGGAGGAGAUUGAUGAUCUCUCCUCCCUUCCUACUGCUCCUCUUUCUGACAAGUCUGCAAGGCUCAUUGGCCUGACUUCCACCUUCCUCCACAUACACCCAAAAGGCGCCAGUGUGGACUACAUUUGGUCUUUCAUCCAGCAGUUUGACAAGGAGAUCCGCCCAUCAGACAUUGAAGCCAUGCUCAACCAAUACCCAACAGUAUACAAGCAGAUCACCACGGGAGUCGGAGCAUGUCUGGAACGCAAGUGGAUAUUCACUGGCUUUGAGACCACAGUGUAGGGUGCCUUGGAGUGUAGACUUUUGCCCGAGUGAUGGCAGGAACCAGAAUACAUGUUUAACUGCCAGCGUCCAUAUAAGGGUGAGCUAAGGCUGGGGUAGGGGGGGAGGGAAGUGAGGACUCAUCAUGUAUUCAGAUCGGUUUAAUUGAAGCUGCCAUUAAGCUGUGGUGGCAGUUGGUGAGUCCAUAGGUCAUAGUUAAGUUAUUGAAUCUGCAAAGCCUCUUGUCAUGGAUAACAAAGGUUGCCAUCAAGCAGGGAGGACAGUUGGUGUGCCCUAGAAAGUCCAGUUUAAAUCAUGGGAUCUGCCAAGCCUCUUCUGCACAGUCAGUACAUUCUCAGUCCUGGUAAUGUCUUGAGUUAAACUUUCAAGACCAUUGGGUGGAUUGAAGACUCCUAACACCACCAGUGAGACCAUAUAACACUAGUGGCAAUGCCAACAAGUAUGUGAUGGUGUCACAGGGAGAUAAAAUUACAGGACAGCCAAAAUCAGCUAGGCAUCUUUGUACCGUGGCAAGUGUGGCUCAGUUGGUAAGGAGCUGUCUACCAUGUGUGACCUUUCACUGGUUCAUUUCCUGGCCAUUCAUUUCUUACAAGCUUUAAAUAAAUUUCCUCUAAACAUGACUUGAUGGCAUCACACGGGAAAUGGAGCAGAAAGGAUACUAAGAUUGGGAUACAAAGGAGAGUUACACUGAGGAAGGGCUGUGUGAUAAACAUGGGAGGGUUAGGCUGUAAUCAGCAUUGGGAGGGAAUUACAUGGGGGAUUACAACAGGGAUGGUUAGUCCAGGGAGUGAUAAAUAGGGAUUAAGAGGGGAUUGGGUGUAAUCGUGGGAGGAUGAGCGUUGUGAAACAAUACUAGCUUAGUGUGGGGAAUUGUAAAGGGAAGGGGAGUGAAAGGAGACAGGGUGUGUUCAUGAGAGGAUGAGCAAGUGAGAGUCUGUGGAGCUUAGAGCACAGGAAGGAAAUAAGGGAAGGGUAGUGGUAAGUGAAGAUUUAAAGGGAUAGGGUGUAAUUGUUGUGGAGAAAUGUCAAAGAAGAGGAUGCAGAAAUACACUAGUGCUUGUAUUUGAGAAGAAAAUUGAAGAAUAAAACUAGCAGUUAUAUCAGAAUCUGAGUGUGAAGAGGAAUAAAGUGGAGGAUGAAGACUGAAACCAGCUACAAGAUAAAGACUGAUUUACAGUAGCAAAAACCACAGCAAAAUUUUUUUCGGUUCUGUGUUCAAGGGCAUUAAAGUUGCUUAGUGCCACAAUACAGCUGCAUUUCAGUCAACCACUGCAAUGGUCUUGUGCUGGAACUGGAGUAAACUGACAUUCAGUACCAAUACCAAAGCUAGGUCCAACUAAAUGGUGGUGGCAAACCAAAUUGAGCAUAUCUGAUAUGCUUCUAAUAGACUGUGACUGCUGAAUUAAUAGUAUGUAAACCUUGCUGAUUGUAAGAAUACCUUGACCUUGAUCUUGGCUACUGAAGAAUUGGACUGAUUAUUGUACAAAGGAAGAGAAAAUGAAGAAUAGGAAGUGAAACAAGUGCUUGUAUUCAGAACUUAGUGUGUGGAGGAAGAAAGGAAAGAAUGAAGAACAAAACCACUAAAGAGAUAAGGAAAAGGGAAGAAAUUGCAGUGUGUUGGUGAGAAGAGAAGUGAGAACUCAGUAAAUGUACAGUUUUGAACAUAUUGAUUUACAUGAGUUUAGGACCUGACAUGUAAGCCUGACUCCACAAGAUAUAAAGAGUAGCUUAUACUUCACCACUGAGGCACAAAGUGAAGGUGUUAGUCCACUAACCACCAUAGCCUGAGAGGUUGUGUUCAUCGUGCUGCAUCAUGCAUUUUCUUGUCCAUAUUUAGUGUGUAAUGAGUUGUUUUUUGUAUUGACGUGUAAAUAUAGAUGAAAGUAUAAUAAACACCAAAAUGAGAAAACAAAUUAUCUUUAAGCACCAUAUUUUGUGUGUGUGUGUGUGUGUGUGUGUGUGUGUGACAACUGAUUUUUUUUUGUUUAGACUUAGUGUCUUAUAAGUUAAGUUUGUAUUGAUGUCUAAAUAUAGAGUUAAGUAUAUUAAACAUCAAAAAGAGAGAA